CAUGGGGUGUCGUGACAGCUUAUGCAACAUCAUUGAUAACGAGCUGCCACGUACGUACAUGUGUUAAAAUCGAGGUGAGAGCCAACCCCCGAUCAAUAGCAGCCCCUUGAAUUGUGUUUAUUGCUUUCGAAGACAUUAUGCAACCUGUGUGUGUUUGUCUGGCCACACUUCUGAUCCUGACUCAAUGCGUGUCUUUUGGAGGCACACAUUCGAACCAACGGUAUCCUCCAGGGGUGCCAAGGCCAAAUGGAAUGGAUCCUGUUCCUUCCACCCACAACGACAAUGAAGAUGUCAAGUUCCAUGAUCCUACAGAAUUCCGGCAAGAAAACAACCCACCAACGAAUCAGAACCAACAGCAGCAGCAACAGCAGCAGCAGCAAGAGCAACAACAACAGCAACAAACUCCGCCAAAUUCAGGCCAAAACCACCAUCAUCAAGGACAACGGCAUAAGUUUGCCGGUGGCAGGGAUGGAAAAUUAGACAUCAAUCAUGAGAAAGAACACAUGAAAGAACACUUGAAAGAGGAAUAUAUCAGCUUGGAUACACUGGAUGAGCCUCAAUUGUUGGCCCAAUACUUCAGGAACUUUGAUCUGGACAAAAAUGGUCGGGUGGAUGGUUUGGAGCUGAUAAAAUCCCUGCACAAAAUGAACGUGGAACAUGGACACGAGGCUGAGAACUCCAAUUUUCUCAUUGACGACGAGCUCGUGGAAGAAAUGGACAUAGAAUUGAAGUUUUAUGAUAUGAACGACGAUGGCUACAUCACUUAUGUCGAGUUCAUCCGGAGACAUCGAGAGCGAAUGGACACUUAACUAGUUUGUGAUAAGAAUACAAGAGAAUACCUUGCCAAUUUUGGCUUCUUUCUCAGUGAAUGA